AUGUAUUUAAUUGAACUUGGCGUUGGAACACCACCGCAACAUAUAUUGGCACAAUUUGAUACUGGUAGUAGUGAUUUGUGGGUAUAUAGCGUGGACAAUCCCAUGUGUCAGUAUAAUGGCACUGAUAUGGAUCAGGUUGAUUGCACAUUUACAGGGACAUUUAAUUCAUCAGCAUCAUCAACGUUUAGGGAAAUUGAAAAAGGCAAAUUUUCAGACACUUAUGGAGGUGGAUAUUCGGUAAGUGGAGACUGGGUAUGGGACCGGGUUAUUGUUGGAGGGACAGAGAAUGGUCUUGUUAUUAAUAACAUGAGGUUUGGGUUAGGACAUUUUGCCAACGCUUCUGCAGCCAUUUUGGGGCUGGGAUAUCCAGGGACAAACAACAUGACACAACAGAUUGGUGGAACCAAGUAUCGGUCAUUGCCACAACAAUUGGCAGCAGAUGGGACGAUUGUUUCUGCAGCUUUUUCAAUUUGGUUGAAUGAUGCUGAUGCUUCAGAGGGCUCAGUACUUUUUGUUCCGAUUCUUAAUGGAUCUAACAAAGAUGAAAAUGAUGAAUAUGUAUCAUUUUUGAUUGCACUUUCUCAAAUUGUUGUGUCAACGGUUAGUAGGGAGGGUACUUUUGAAGAAAAGGAAACAGUUGAUCUUUUGAAUGGGACUACAAUUCAAGCCUUGUUAGAUUCAGGUGCCACCAAGUCCUUUUUACCAUUAGAAUUAUUGAGUGACUUUUUAUAUACCACUCUUAAUGCUACAGAUGAUGAGGAUGUUGGGGGUACUAUUUUUGAUUGCAAUCUUAUUAUGGAUGAAAGUCUUCCUCCUGUGAAGUUUAACUUUUCUGGAGCAAUUAUUGAGGUUCCUAUUUCUAGUUUUGCAGAUGAAGUUGAGGGUGAUGAAGGUAAAUGUAUGUUUGGGAUUUAUCAGUUUGGGUUACCGUUUGCAUUGUUGGGGGAUGCAGUAUUACGGCAAGCAUAUGUUGUAUAUGAUAUGGAACAUCAUGAGAUUGGUCUUGGACAAGCAUUAUUGAAUGUUACUGGAGAAGAAGAAAGUAUUGAAGUGAUUUCAGGAGAGAUACCCAAGGCUACUAAGGCGUCGUUGUAUAGUCAGAUAAGUGCGUUAACAGGUGGGUAUUUUUCAUUGCUUUCAGAGAAUGGAGUAACGGGUGGAAGUACAUAUUCAGAUUCAGGAACAAGUGCAGGUACGGCCACGAGAAUCGGUAUUACAGGUAUGAGUGAGAGAUUAGUUUGA